ACCACCAACUCUUCUGUCCCUUCCCUUCCCAUCCUUUUUUCUUGUUUUGGUCAUGUCUUCAACCCUGCCCCUCUCCUGGUUCUGAGCAACACUCAACCAAUUAAACAAAACACAUCCUAACUACAGAUAACAACAGAUAGGAAACAGAACCAACCAUUUCCAUUCUUUCGCUCUGUAACCUUUUUGGGCGGAAGCAAAAUGGUAUUUCCUCUCUCGCGGGGACGUUAUUGAAUUGUGUCUUUCAGCAGUUUUUGCUCUUAGAGUAUUUAAAUCUUGCUCUACAAGUUGUCUGUCUGGAUUCAUCUGUCAGUCAUUUACAUAAACAAGAUGAUGCAAAAUGUGAACUUUGACAUACUCAAGCAGAAGUUCCAGCACAAAUUACACAAUGCUGUACAGCUGAGAAGAUCACCAGGGGAAGUGUGUUUUCCAGGAGGUAAAAGGGAGGCCACAGAUAAAGAUGACGUUGACACUGCUCUCCGAGAAGCUAAAGAAGAAGUGGGUCUCCAGCCAGAGCAGGUGGAAGUCAUCUGUAAGCUGAUGCCUGGACUUGAUAACAUGAAUAACUUGGUGACACCAGUUGUAGGAUUUAUAGAGGAUACAUUCCAGGUCACUCCUAACCCAGAUGAAGUGAGCGAGGUUUUUGUUGUGCCUUUGGAGUACUUUGUCAAGCCCUUAAAGUACAAGACCUUCUCUUAUAAAACCUCCUCAGGUUACUCAACUCGCAUACACUGCUUUAUCUACGAUGACCAGGAACAGAGAAAGUCAUUCAAGAUAUGGGGACUGACUGCCCACUUUGCUCUAUUUCUUGCUCUUGUAAUUUUUGGAGAGAGACCUACCUUUGAAGUGGAUUAUGAUCUUGACAACUUACUUUCAUCCUCUGAGAGCUACUUCAUUAAUUUGUACGCAUCUGUACAUGAAAGAAAGAAGAGUAAUCUGUGACAACUUGGUCUGGCCAUUAAUUUACUUUGAAAGGGGAAAAAGGAGGUUGGUUUAUUUUCUUUGUACCUAUUUUUUGAAAGCUACUCUUGAAUUUCUUUGGCCUUGGGAACUUUAGGUUGCCAAUCCCUAACUAGAUUCCUACAGUUUUUAACCUAAGAGUGAGAAGCACACAAUAUUUUUGUGAAACAGACUUUGCAAAGGUCUGUUUCAGGUCCUUCUCAGUUUCGGUGCCUUUGUUCUGUCUGAUCAGAGAUACUUUCUGUGCUUUGCUUUAUCUAUAAUGAGAUAACACUGUUUGAUAGAAUUUGGGUCUGUUUGAGUUAACCUAUGACAGCUUUUGGGGGUCUGCCUGCCUCUUACACGUGCCCUACAUGGACAGCGUGAUCCAUACAGUCUUGUGUGGUAUCUUUGAGCACUUCCAGAAUGCACAAUAAAAAUACAAAAGGUUUCAGGUGCUUUCACAA